GAGGGGCGGGUCCAGACAGCGCAGUGUCUCGCCGGGUUUCUAUCAGCUGUCUCCCGUUCAUUCAACACAGGCUACCUGCGAGACCCGUUCUCAUCAUCCGCCAACGUGACUGUAAUGGGAAUAAAACAAACUUUUUGUUAAAAAAUAAUUCGACGCCUUUUGAAAGCACAUGGUCCUCGUAGCACAACAGCAUCGGAUUUUUACAAACAGCGGAGAAAUAUUUUAGACGUGUUGUUGAUUAUUAAAAAUGUCCAUAUUACCUUUCACGCCUCCUGUCGUGAAGAGACUUUUGGGUUGGAAGAAGGGCGAGCAGAACGGACAGGAGGAGAAAUGGUGUGAGAAGGCAGUAAAGAGUCUGGUGAAGAAGUUGAAGAAGACGGGACAGCUGGACGAGCUGGAGAAGGCCAUUACCACCCAGAGUAUCAACACGAAGUGCAUCACUAUACUAAGGUCUCUGGAUGGCCGUCUGCAGGUAUCUCAUAGAAAAGGCCUCCCUCAUGUGAUCUACUGCCGACUGUGGCGCUGGCCUGACUUGCAGUCCCAUCAUGAGCUGCGUGCCAUAGACCUGUGUGAGUUUGCCUUCCACAUGAAGAAGGACGAAGUGUGUGUAAACCCUUACCACUACCAGCGUGUGGAGACACCAGUUCUGCCUCCAGUCCUGGUUCCUCGACACACUGACAUCCCCACAGAAUUCCCUCCGCUGGAUGAUUACUCCAUUCCUGAGAACACCAUAUUCCCUGCUGACAUUGAGCCUCCGAGCAACUAUAUACCGGAGACACCUCCACCAGGGUAUCUGAGCGAGGAUGGGGAAACCAGUGACCAUCAAAUGAACCACAGUAUGGACACAGGUUCCCCGAGCCUUUCACCCAAUCCAGUCUCACCCACAAACAACAACUUAGACCUGGAACCAGUAACAUACUGUGAAUCUGCGUUCUGGUGUUCCAUCUCCUACUACGAGCUGAACCAGCGUGUGGGUGAGACCUUUCACGCCUCUCAACCGUCUCUGACAGUAGACGGCUUUACGGACCCCUCUAACGCUGAGCGAUUCUGCCUGGGCCUGUUGUCCAACGUGAACCGCAACGCAGCUGUGGAGCUCACGCGCAGACACAUCGGCCGAGGCGUGCGCUUGUAUUACAUCGGAGGCGAAGUGUUUGCAGAGUGUCUGAGCGACAGCGCUAUUUUCGUCCAGAGUCCAAACUGUAACCAGCGUUACGGCUGGCACCCCGCCACAGUGUGUAAGAUUCCUCCCGGCUGUAAUCUGAAGAUUUUCAAUAAUCAGGAGUUUGCCGCUCUGUUGGCUCAAUCAGUGAAUCAGGGGUUUGAAGCGGUGUACCAGCUCACCCGCAUGUGCACCAUCCGCAUGAGUUUCGUCAAAGGUUGGGGGGCGGAGUACAGGCGGCAAACAGUGACCAGCACCCCCUGCUGGAUAGAGCUGCAUCUCAACGGCCCCCUGCAGUGGCUGGACAGGGUGCUCACUCAGAUGGGCUCUCCAAACCUCCGGUGCUCCAGCGUGUCAUAGGACGAACCCUCAAGUAUCCAAUACUCCACAAAUGACACCCGGACUCAACCUCUGUGCUGCUGUACACCAAAAGCAGCACAGUAAACAAACUGAGCAAAACCAAGGACAGGAUGAUGAACACCUGCAGGAUUUUCUAGAUUGUCGCUCGUAUCAGACAGAUCUUAGUUUAUGCACUUUUAAUGACACUCAUGGAUCAUGAAUGAUAUUUCCACAGUAUGAACAGUGAUGAGGCACUCGCUUCAUUGUGAAUUUAAAUAUUACGUGUGUUUAAGAAA